AUGAGUGUCGAUAUUGAUAUUGACAGUGAUGCAAGUGACAGCGAUGACGGUGCUGCACAGAAGAGAACAAACAGGAGGCAGGCAGCUGGAAGAGGAGGUGCAAGAGGAAGAGGCCGAGGCAAAAAAGCAGAGAGUGAGGAGGAGGAUGAGGAGGGGGAAGAGGAAACUCCCAGGGGACGCAGAGGAGCCAACAAGAGAGAGCCGGCUAAGAAGCGAGGAGGCGGUAAAGAUGAUGAGAGUGAGGAGGAGGCUCCCAAGAACAAGAGAGGAGGUGCAGCCAAGAAAAAGAGAGGAGGCAAAGCCCGCGGCAGCGACGAUGAAGACAGUGAUGUAGAGAAAGGGAAGAAGGGGAGAAGAGGAGGAGGAAAGAAGGGAGACAAGGAAGAAGAAGGCAGUAAGGGUAAGAAAGGUGAUGCCAAAGGAAAGGGUAAGGGUAAAGACAAGGACGAUGACAAGGACAAGAAGAAGAAGAAAAAGAAGAAGGAUGACAGUUCUUCUGAUUCCAACUCAAACUCAGACGAGGAGGAGGAGUCCAUGUCGGAGGGAGAGAUGGCUCGGCUGAUGGAGGAGGUGGAGGAGAAAAAGAAACUAAUCGCCAACAUGAGGAACAAGCCCUGGAGGAUGAAGCGGAGGCUCACUCAUCUAAAGGAUGCUCAGCAAUUUGUGGAUAAAUUUGAAGGGGCUUUAGGCAAAGGAAAAGGCAGGAAGUGGUACGCCUACAAAGUGAUGAUGACAAAGAAAUGGAUUAAGUUUCAAAGGGAUUUUGAGAAUUUCAGAACCGCCUGUAUCCCCUGGGAGAGGAAGAUAAAAGAGGUGGAAAGUCACUUUGGGUCAUCUGUGGCAUCUUACUUUAUAUUUCUGCGCUGGAUGUACGGCAUGAAUCUCGUCCUUUUUGGUCUGACUUUUGGACUGGUGGUCAUCCCUGAGGUCCUGAUGGGUCUUCCUUAUGGCUCUAUUCCCAGGAAGACUGUUCCCAGAGCAGAGCAGGAUACUGCGCAGGACUACUCUGUUCUUAUGGACUUCCAGGGUUACUGCAAAUAUUCGGUACUGUUCUAUGGAUUUUACAACAGCCAGAGGACCAUAGGCCUGCUGAAGUUCAGACUGCCCCUGUCCUACCUCAUGGUGGGGGUCGGCACCUUUGGCUACAGUCUAAUGCUCGUGAUCCGCACGAUGGCCAAGAAUGCCGACGUUGGCGGAGGAGAUGGCGAGGAAGGGGAGUUCACUUUUGGCUGGAAGAUGUUCACCAGCUGGGAUUACCUCAUUGGCAAUGCAGAGACUGCUGACAACAAGUAUGCGUCCAUCACCACGAGCUUCAAGGAGUCCAUUGUGGAUGAGCAGGAGAACCAGAAGGAUGAGAACAUUCACUUGCGGAGGUUUCUCAGAGUCCUGGCUAACUUCCUGAUCACCUGUAGCCUCGGCGGGAGUGGCUACCUCAUCUACUUUGUGGUCAAGAGGUCCCAGGAGUUUGCAACCCGAGAUGAUCUGAGCUGGUACGAGAAGAAUGAGUUGGAACUCAUCAUGUCCCUGCUGGGCCUGGUUUGUCCUCCUCUGUUUGAGACGAUUGCCGAGCUCGAGGACUACCAUCCUCGAAUCGCCCUCAAGUGGCAGCUGGGACGGAUCUUUGCCCUCUUUCUGGGAAACCUCUACACUUUCUUGUUCGCCCUGUUUGAUGAGGUCAACACCAAGCUGGAAGAAGAGGAGUCCAUCAAGAAUGCUACCAUCUGGUUUAUGAAGGAAUACCACGCCAACUACACCAGUCAGUUCAACGAUACCGAGGGCACACCACCCCCUCUUAACCCUGCUGAUGUUGUCAGAGGACCCUGCUGGGAGACUGCUGUUGGGAUAGAGUUUGUGAAGCUUACAGUGUCAGACAUCCAGGUCACCUACCUGACCAUCCUGAUAGGGGACUUUGCCAGAGCCGUCAUCGUGCGCUUCCUUAACUACUGCUGGUGCUGGGACCUGGAAGCUGGAUUUCCGUCAUAUGGAGAGUUUGACAUCAGUGGAAAUGUUCUUGGCUUGGUCUUCAAUCAAGGCAUGAUCUGGAUGGGAGCAUUUUAUGCUCCUGGGCUUGUCGGCAUCAAUGUGCUCCGUCUCCUCAGCUCCAUGUAUUAUCAGUGUUGGGCUGUGAUGGCCACAAACGUCCCCCAUGAGAGAGUGUUCAAGGCCUCCAAGUCCAACAACUUCUACAUGGGUCUUCUGCUGCUUGUCCUCUUCUUGAGUCUCUUACCUGUUGUCUACACCAUCAUGACCCUGCCACCUUCGUUUGACUGUGGACCUUUUAGCGGGAAGGCAAAGAUGUUUGAUGUGAUCAUGGAGACAAUUGAACUGGACCUACCGGCCUUCUUGGGGACACUCUUCAGCUACGCAGCCAACCCCGGCCUCAUUAUACCAGCUGUGCUGCUGAUGAUACUGGCUAUCUACUACCUGAACUCAGUUUCUGAAGCCUACAAAAACUCCAACAUGGAGCUGAAAAAGAAAAUGCAGAUGGCUCGGGAUGAAGAGAAGAACCGGAGAAACAACACAAACACCACCAAUCAGGUCAUGCUAGACCUGGAAGACCUGCUGCCCAACCGAUCGCUCGCCCCCCCUGCUCCACCAGAGCCCGAAAAAUCACCAGAGCCAAAGCCCACAAAGACGAAGCCGGGCUCUGCUGGUAAAGGCGUUAACCUGGAGAAAGACGUGGCUCUGGCUUCAUCAAACCCGAAUGCUCGAGGGCCCGUCAGCCGGCCCCCGGGGCCGAGAGGACCUGGACCCGGUGGUCCAGGAGGGGGGCGAGGCCGCGGGCGAGGGCCUCCUCCCAGAUAACAGUGUGAGGAAAUGGCAGUCCUCUACACCAGUGUCUCCCAACCUGGGGUCCGGGCCCCCCUGGGGGGGCGCCAGAGAUCUCUGGGGGGGCGCGAAAUUUUGUCUGCUUUGAGGAUAUG